AUGAGUGCUGCUUUCGCAAGGAGUGCUGCCUUCGCUAGGAGUGCAGCCUUCGCUAGGAGAACUGCCUUCGCUACGAGUGCUGCCUUCGCAAGGAGUGCUGCCUUCGCAAAGAGUGCUGCCUUCGCAAGAAGGAGUGCUGCAUUCGCAACGAGUGCUGCCUUCGCAAGUGGUGGUGCCUACGUACGGAGAUCAGCCUUUGCUCAUAGUGCAGCCUUUGCUCAUAGUGCUGCCUUUGCUCAUAGUGCUGCCUUUGCAAGGAGUGCUGCCUUCGCAAGGAGUGCUGCCUUCGCACGGAGUGCUGCCUUCGCACGGAGUGCUGCCUUUGCACAGAGUUAUGCCUUCGCAAGUAGUGCUGCCUUUGCACUGAGUGCUGCCUUCGCACAGAGUGCUGCCUUCGCAAGGAGUGGUGCUUUCGUAAGGAGUGCUGCCUUCGCACCGAGUGCUGCCUUCGCAGGGAGUGCUGCCUUCGCAGGGAGUGCUGCCUUCGCAAGGAGUGCUGCCUUCGCAAGGAGUGCUGCCUUCGCUAGGAAUACUGCCUUCGCUAGGAGUGCUGCCUUUGCAAGUAAUGCUGACUGCGCAGGGAGUGCUUACUUCGCAAGGAGUGCUGCCUUCUCUAGCAGUGCUGCCUUCGCAAGGAGUGCUGCAUUUGCAAAGUGUGCUCCCUUCGCAAGGAGUGGUGCCUACGCACGGAGUGAUGCUUCUGCACAGAGUGCUGCCUUCGCAAGGAUUGCUGCCUUCGCUAGGAUUGCUGCCUGUGCAAGGAGUGCUGCCUUUGCAAGGAGUGCUGCAUUCGCAAGGAGUGCUGCCUUUGCAAGGAGUGCUGCGUUCGCAAGGAGUGCUGCCUUCGCAAGGAGUGCUGCCUUCACAAGGAGUGCUGCCUGUGCAAGGAGUGCUCCCUUCGCUAGGAGUGCUGCCUUCGUUAGGAGUGCUGCCUUUGCAGGUAGUGCUGCAUUCGCAAGGGGUGGUGUCUUUGCACAGAGUGCUGCCUUCGCUAGGAGUGCUGCCUUCGCACCUAGUGCUGCCUUCGCAGGGAGUGCUGCCUUUGCACAGAGUGCUGCCUUGGCAAGGAGUGCUGCCUUCACAUGGAGUGCUGCCUUUGCAAGGAGUGCUCCCUUUGCAAGGAGUGCUGCCUUCGCAAGGAGUGCUCCCUUUGCAAGGAGUGCUGCCUUCGUAAGGAGUGCAGCCUUCACAAGGAGUGCUGCGUUCGUUAGGAGUGCUGCCUUCGCAGGGAGAGCUGCCUUCGCAAGGGAUGGUGCCUAUGCUCGGAGUGCUGCCUUUGCAAGGAGUGCUUCCUUCGCAAGGGAGUGCUGCCUUCGCAAGGAGUGCUGCCUUUGCAAGGAGUGCUGCCUUCGCAAGGAGUGCUGCCGUCGAAGGAGUGCUGCCUUCACAAGGAGUGCUGCCUUAGCAAUGAGUGCUGCCUUUGCACAGAGUGCUGCCUUCGCAAGGAGUGCUGCUUUCACAAGAGUGCUGCCUUCGCAAGGAGUGCUGCCUUCCCAAGGAGUGCUUCCUUGGCACGGAGUGCUGCCUUCGCAAGGAGUGCUGCCUUCGCAAAGGGUGCUGCCUUUGCAAGGAGUGGUGCCUACGAAGAGUGCUGCCUUUUCACAGAGUUCUGCCUUCACAAGGAUUGCUGCCUUCGCAAGGAUUGCUGCCUUCGCAAGGAGUGCUGCCUUCGCUAGGAGUGCUGCCUUUGCAAGGAGUGCUGCCUAUGCUAGGAGUGCUGCCUUCGCAAGGAGUGCUUCCUUCGCUAGGAGUGCAGCCUUCGCACAGAGUGCAGCCUUUGCUAGGAGUGCUACCUUCGCAAGGAGUGCUGCCUUCGCUAGGAAUACUGCCUUUGCGCAGAGUGCUGCAUUCGCAAGGAGUGCUGCCUUUGCAAGGAGUGCUGCCUUUGCUAGGAGUGCUGCCUUCGCAAGGAGUGCUGCCUUCGCAAGGAGUGCUGCCUUCGCAAGGAGUGUUGCCUUCACAAGGAUUGCUGCCUUCGCAAGGAGUGCUACCGUCACAAGGAGUGCUGCCUUCGCAAGGAGUGCUGCCUUCGCUAGGAGUGCUGCCUUCGCUAGGAGAACUGCCUUCGCUAGGAGUGCUGCCUUCGCACAGAGUGCUGCCUUUGCACGGAGUGCUGCCUUCGCACGGAGUGCAGCCUUCGCACAGAGUGCAGCCUUUGCUACGAGUGCUACCUUCGCAAGGAGUGCUGCCUUCGCUAGGAAUACUGCCUUUGCGCAGAGUGCUGCAUUUGCAAGGAGUGGUGCCUUCGCAAGGAGUGGUGCCUUCGCAAGGAGUGCUGCCUUCGCUUGGAGUGCUGCCUUCGCUUGGAGUGCUGCCUUCGCUUGGAGUGCUGCCUUCGCAAGGAGUGCUGCCUUCGCAAGGAGUGCUGCCUUCGCAAGGAGUGCUGCCUUCGCAAGGAGUGCUGCCUUCGCAUGGUGUGCUGCCUUCACAAGGAGUGCUGCCUUCGCAAGGAGUGCUGCCUUCGCAAGGAGUGCUGCCUUCGCAAGGAGUGCUGCCUUCGCAAGGAGUGCUGCCUUCGCUAGGAGUGCUGCCUCCGCACCGAGUGCUGAUUUCGCAGGGAGUGCUGCCUUCGCAUGGAGUGCUGACUUCGCAUGGAGUGCAGCCAUCGCAAGGAGUGCUGCCUUCGCAGGGUGUGCUGCCUCCGCAAGGAGUGCUGCCUUCCCAAGGGGUGGUGCCUAUGCACGGAGUGCUGCCUUUGCAAAGAGUGCUGCCUUCGCAAGGAGUGCUGCCUUUGCACAGAGUGCUGCCUUUGCACAGAGUGCUGCCCUCGCAGGGAGUGCUGCCUUCGCAAGGAGUGCUGCCUUCGCAAGGAGUGGUGCCUACAAACGUAGUGCUGCCUUCGCACAGAGUGCUAAUUUUGCAGAGAGUGCAGCCUUCGCACGUAGUGCUGCCUUUACACAGAGUGCUGCCUUCGCAAGGAGUGCUGCCUUUGCAAGGAGUGCUGCCUUCGCAAGGAGUGCUGCCGUCGAAGGAGUGCUGCCUUCACAAGGAGUGCUGCCUUAG